CGCUUCACUUGCAGCAGGAUGCGCUCUCAUACCUGCUGCUUGCUCUCUGGUGUCUCCAGCACUCCUCUUCUCGUACCUGCAGCACAUGUGAAAUGGAUCCCAUGAUUUAGCGAUGAACUGGGCUGAGUUUGCUCUUCAAUCUUCUCCUUAUCCUCAUCCUCAUCUUUUGCUUUCUUUGACAACUCUAAGUUCCUGAUGUCCGAAGUGGGACAGAUUUCAGAACAGCGCUGAGUCCAGACGCAGCUGACUUCUACCUGUGUUUCUGUGGGAGAGUCGAAGGACAGCAGGGUAACCAUGCCCACUCUGCCAAACCUCAACAGCCUGGGAAAGCUGUGCAGCUCCAGCCGCAGCCACAGCGUCCACCGGGUCAACCGGGUUCGGGUGAAACGCAAGAGCUCAGUGAAGCGGAUGUCCAUCAUCGAGGAUGGACACGUAGCUGAGGUCCUCUACCUCAUUCCCAAACAGUACAUCGAGCAGUUCCCCUUCCUCAACCCAGAUGAUUAUUACCUCAGUGAGAGGUUGAAUGAUGUCACUACAGUGUCUCAUACUCAGGACACACACCACCACUCCAGCGAGAAGCCCCUGAUUCAGUGCUACAAGUGCGGGGAGCCAUGUAAGGGCGAGGUCCUCCGGGUGCAGAACAAACACUUUCACCUGAAGUGUUUCACCUGUAAAGUGUGCGGCUGUGACCUCGCCCAGGGGGGCUUCUUCAUGAAGAAUGGGGAAUAUCUGUGCAUGCUCGACUACCAGCGCAUGCACGGCACCCGCUGCAAUGGGUGCGGGGACUUUGUCGAGGGAGAAGUCGUCACCGCCCUGGGCAAGACCUACCAUCCUUCCUGCUUCGUCUGCACCAUCUGCAAACGACCGUUCCCGGCCGGAGACAGGGUGACCUUCAACGGGAAGGACUGCCUGUGUCAGUACUGCGUCGAGCCCAUCUCUCCUGGACCGAAGGACAUCCUGGGCUCCAGCAAUUGCUCAGGAUGUGGCCGCGACAUCAAGAACGGUCAGGCUCUUUUGGCGCUGGACAGACAGUGGCAUCUGGGUUGCUUUAAGUGCAAGGCCUGUGGCAAAGUGCUGACCGGGGAGUACAUCAGCAAGGAUGGCGCCCCCUACUGUGAGAAAGACUACCAGAUCCAUUUUGGAGUUCAGUGUGAGGCGUGUCAUCAGUUCAUCACGGGGAAGGUGUUAGAGGCAGGAGAUAAGCACUACCACCCCAGCUGUGCGAGAUGCAGCAGGUGCAAUCAGAUGUUCACAGAGGGAGAAGAGAUGUAUCUGCAAGGCUCGACAGUGUGGCAUCCCGGCUGCAAGAACACCACCAGAACAGAGGAGAGACACAGAGAGCGGCUGUUGCCUCCGUCCCUCUUAUUCCUCCAACAAACAGAAAGGCAGCCUACGAGGUCGUCGUCUGAGAGCAUUUGUUCCAGACCUGGUUCAAGCAUACCUGGCUCACCGGGUCACACCAUCUAUGCAAAAGUAGACAAUGAGAUCCUUGAUUACAGAGACUUAGCUGCCAUUCCAAAAGUCAAAGCCAUUUAUGACAUCGAGCGCCCUGAUCUUAUCACGUAUGAACCCAUGUACACAACCUCUCUGGACGAGAAAGACGAGAGACGAGAGUGUGUGGGAGAGCUCCUCUCUGCUAGACGGGAGCGUUCCCCGAUGCCCGAUGACAAGUCGUCCAGAAACAUGUCGCCAACCCCAUCAGCCGAGAGUUUUUAUGACAGGAGGGACCGCAUUCUCCAAAGAUCCACCAGUCAAGGCUCCAUAGGGUCCCCGGUGUAUAAUCGCCAUGGCUACACUCCCACCCUAUCACGGUCACCGCAGCAUUUUCACCGACCUGAAGCUCUGACAGGCAUGCAGAAGCUCUGCUCCUCCCUGUGCAGUAACAGUGUGGGCUCCAGAAAUAGUGACUCUCGUCCCACCUCCCCUUUCAGACACCACUUCCUCCCCCAUAGCCAAGGCCCCGACCCACCGAGUGGCCGGAGUUCCCCCCUGCCGCUCAGGCCCGACAGCCGGCCGGUCACCCCGCCUCUCUCUCAGACCCCUAAACAUUUCCACGUCCCAGAUCAGGGGAUCAACAUCUACAGAAAACCGCCCAUCUACAAACUUCACGAUACAGCUGCCGUAGCUCAGCAAAGCAAGUCCGGUGAGGACAUCAUCAGAUCCGCCACCUUCCCUGCUGCCCAUGCUCCCUCCCUGGAUGACAGCUCCCGGAGUGAGGGCGACUGUUGGCCCCACUCUCUCGCUGUUUUAGGUUCCGAAGGGAGGAGGCGAUCUAGAGAAGAGGAGGAGGAAGAGGCUUUGAAAAGAAAGCAACUUCAGGAAGAACAUCUCAGUAAGAUUCAGUCUGGUCUGGGAAAACUCAUUCUGAAGGAGGAGAUGGAGAAAGAGCAGAUUAGGGAGCGGCACGCGCGCAGCCUCUCUGCUCAGCGCUACGAUCCCAAAAUGAACAACUGUGACGCAGAUCCAACGUCUCCAACGAAGACCAACUCUCUGCCUGGUUAUGGACGGAACGGUCUGCAUCGGCCUCAGUCUACAGAUUUCACCCAGUACAACAGCUAUGGAGACAUGUGUGGUGGAGGAAGAGAGUUUCAGCACAUUAAGGAUGGCCAUGCAGCACUUGCAAGGAUGGACAGGGGAGUAUCUAUGCCUAAUAUGUUGGAACCAAAAGUGUAUCCCUAUGAAAUGCUCAUGAUAACCAGUAGAGGGAGAGCUAAACUGCCAAGGGAUGUGGACAGAACCAGACUGGAGCGCCACUUAGCACCCGAAACGUUCUUUGAGAUCUUUGGAAUGGAGAUCCAGGAAUUUGACAGGCUUCCCCUGUGGAAACGCAACGACAUGAAAAAGAAGGCCAAGCUCUUUUAGUUGUUGUUGUUUUUU